UGUUUCAUUAAAAGUGCUGAGGAGCACCCAGAACUCUGAAGACAGCAGUUUUGUGCAAGAUAAGAAUGCUCCUUAAAGAAGCUGAUGGAGGAUAGAGCUCCAGAGUGCCUGGCAGAUACUGACAGCAUAAGAUGACGCCAUAGUCUAGACUGAAAUUGUCUCGCCAGCCCAGCUGUGAUGGAGCCAAGAGAGGAAGCUGAAGGACAAGCAGGACGGCUGAGCACGAAGGAGCAGUCUGGGGAAAUCUCCCAGAAAACGGCACCGCUUGGUUGGGCUGCCCGUUGGAAGGGAUUAGUGCCCGGAGACAGGAUGUAUCUGUUUGUCCUCUCGCAGGUGUUGCUUCUCUGCAUGAUGCUGUGCUACAGCACUUAUGGGACCGUCCCAGCAGCUCAGAACGCCUUAGACCUGCUGUCUUACACACUUGCACCCUUUGGACAUUUUUUGUCAGAUCAAGGGGAGGACCUGACCAGAGCUGGGAGCUUUGUAAUAUCAUAUAUCCUGCUGUCAUUAGCUUCUCUAGGACUGCUACUUGUAGGAUCUCUGUUUUGGCAUCUGGUCAGAGCCCGUUCGGACCCUCCCUUUCCCUUACAAGAGGACAGACGCCAAUCCGUGAGCCGCCAGCCAUCGUUCACAUACUCCGAGUGGACGGAGGAUAAAAAUGAGGAUGACUUCCUAGAUUUGGAUCCCGUACCAGAGACCCCGGUCUUUGACUGCGUAAUGGACAUUAAAGCGGAGACGGAUCCAGCCUCGCUAACGGUUAAAUCCAUGGGCUUGCAAGAAAGGCGAGGUUCAAAUGUUUCCCUCACGUUGGAUAUGUGCACGCCGGGCUGUUCCGAGCAAGGCUUCGGUUAUGUCAUGUCACCACGGGAACAGUCAGCUCAAGAAUACCUCCAGUCAGCAUCGAAUGUCCUUACUGAAGAGGAGCUGCACAAGAAGGCCUUGGAUCCUUUCAUACUCCAGGCAGAGUUCUUUGAAAUUCCAAUGAACUUUGUUGAUCCAAAGGAAUAUGAUAUUCCAGGCUUAGUGCGGAAGAAUCGCUACAAAACAAUUCUCCCAAAUCCUCACAGCAGAGUGUGCCUUACCUCAGCUGAUCAGGACGACCCCCUUAGCUCUUACAUCAAUGCUAACUACAUCAGGGGCUAUGGAGGAGAGGAAAAGGUAUAUAUUGCUACUCAGGGACCGAUAGUUAAUACUGUAAGUGAUUUCUGGAGAAUGGUGUGGCAGGAGCGUUGUCCCAUCAUUGUCAUGAUUACCAAUAUAGAAGAGAUGAAUGAGAAAUGCACAGAAUAUUGGCCAGAGGAGCAGGUCACCUACGAAGGAAUAGAAAUCACAGUUAACCAAGUCAUACAAGCAGAUGAUUACCGUUUAAGGCUCAUCACCCUAAAGAAAGGUGAAGAAGUCAGAAACCUGAAACAUUACUGGUACACGUCUUGGCCAGACCAGAAAACACCGGAUCAAGCUCCCCCUCUGUUGCAAUUAGUACUGGAAGUGGAAGAGGCCAUGCAGGAUGCGGAAGAGAAAAAUGCCCCAGUGAUUGUUCACUGCAGCGCAGGCAUUGGAAGGACUGGCUGCUUCAUUGCCACCAGUGUCUGCUGUAAACAGCUAAAGAGCGAGGGCAUAGUUGACAUACUGCGAACAGCCUGCCAGCUACGGUUAGACAGGGGAGGAAUGAUCCAGACUUGUGAGCAGUAUCAAUUUGUCCAUCAUGUCAUGAGCUUGUAUGGAAAACAGCUUUCUAGAGCAGCAGAAGAAUAAGUGUUCAUGAUAUUCCUAAAGCCUAAAGUCAAGAGAACUUUUGACUGCAUUCAUAUCUAUUUCAGAUCUGAUAAGAGACACAUGGUAACCUGGCUGUCCUAGCUGCAGAGAAAGAGAGAUUAUUUUACUUCGAUAUUGCUUUUAUGCUCUUGUUUGCAUUGACAUUUAAGAGCUGAGGUAUGCCUUGUCUUCAACACAUGUGACAGGACAUAAACUUCACCAAAAAAGGCUUAUUAAACUGUAAAUAAGAACAGUAGCUUCAUUUGUUACAAAAUC